CUGAAGGCUUCGUUGAAUUGAAUUUUAACAUAUUGUUCAACGACCCCGUUCCCGAAUGAUUUCGUCUCCCUCUGGGCUUGGUUGUCACGCAGCUGCACGAGUCCAUCUUCUGCUUCUUCACCAAGAAACUCCUCCAUUCUCGUUCUUCAUAACGAUUAGUUAUGGUGCUGCCACUGCUAAAGUUGGGGACUCUAGCCGUCAAAACACUUAGCAAGCCAGUUGCUAGCAGGCUCAAGAAACAGGCCGCCUAUCAACCUAGGUUCCGGGAGUUCAUCAUCAGAAUCGCCCAGGCAAACCAUCGAUUCCAGACACAGGUGCAAAGGCGGAUCUAUAGUCAUUCUACUGAUGUUGCCAUACGGCCUUUGAAUGAAGAGAAGGCCGUUCAGGCUGCUGCAGAUCUUAUUGGCGAACUCUUUGUGUUCACAGUUGCGGGAGCGGUUGUAAUCUUUGAGGUGCAGAGAAGUGCUAGAUCAGAAGCCAAAAAAGAGGAGAUACGGAAACAAGAGCUAGAGGCGAUGAGGCAAAGGGAGAAUGAGUUGGCAAAAGAAUUGGAACUUCUUAGGCUCAGACUCGCAGAGCUAGAGCAGCUUGCAAAGGGGAAAGGACUCUCAGGACUUUUUCACUUCAAAAAUUCUCAGACAGAAGGUGCAAAAUUGGCUAAACCAGCUUGAUCUAACCACAAGAGUCUUCAAUAGAUUAGAUUACAAAUAUUUAAUCUCUAAUUCAUUCUGAAGCUCCCCUUGGCUGGAAGUUCCCUCCAAUUUCAUUCUUUUGGUGUUGGGUCAACUUUUCAUUCUGUUCCGGUUUAACAUGUACCAUUGCUGAAAUUCAAGUUUUGUUCAUAUGGUCGGAAAUAAGAAAAGAAGAAUAUUUCAAUUC